AUUUCCGGGUCGGAAUCAAUUUCUCUGUUGCUGUCGUUUACAUCUCCUGUGCCAGUCGUGUUUGAUAUUGUCGAAGGUUUUGAGUUCAGCAACGUCGACGCUGCAGCGUUUAGCUGCCAAACAUCAGGCCAUGGCGCUUCACUGGACUGUCAGCCGAAACCGCGCGGCGACGGGACCGCUGUGGCGGUUCUUGCUGCCGCUGCUGGCGGCGAGCCUGUCGGUGUGCGUGUGCCGAGCAUCCUCGUCGCCUCGAGAGCUUCAACAACAGCAGCAGGAGGAGGAGGACAGUGCCAUGGAGAACAUCGUCACGGAGAAAAGGGCUGAAGAGAGCCACCGGCAGGACAGCGCCGACCUGCUCAUCUUCAUCCUGCUCCUCACCCUCACCAUCCUAACCAUUUGGUUGUUCAAACACCGCCGGUUCCGCUUCUUGCACGAAACUGGAUUGGCGAUGAUUUAUGGUUUACUGGUGGGCGUAGUGUUGCGCUACGGGAUCCACGUCCCACGCGACGUCAGCAACGUGACGCUGAGCUGCCACGUUAACGCCAGCCCCGCCACACUGCUCGUCCACUCCAAGGGAAAGUUCUAUGAGUACACGCUGAAGGGUGAAAUCAGUGCCAGCGAGGUGGAUGACGUGCAGGACAACGAGAUGCUUCGCAAGGUGACUUUUGACCCUGAAGUCUUCUUUAACAUCCUCCUUCCGCCGAUCAUCUUUCACGCUGGCUACAGCCUGAAGAGGAGACACUUUUUCCGGAAUAUGGGCUCCAUCCUGGCUUACGCCUUCUUGGGGACAGUCGUUUCCUGUUUCGUCAUCGGGUUGUUGAUGUAUGGCUGUGUGAUGCUAAUGAAGCAUAUGGGGCAACUGGGUGGAGAAUUCUUCUUCACGGAUUGCCUGUUCUUCGGCGCCAUCGUGUCCGCUACCGACCCUGUGACGGUCCUGGCCAUCUUCAACGAGCUGCAAGUGGACGUGGACUUGUACGCGUUGCUGUUCGGCGAGAGCGUGCUCAACGACGCCGUGGCCGUCGUUCUCUCCUCAUCCAUCGUGGCUUACCAGCCGGAGGGUGACAACAGCCAUACCUUCGAGGUGGUGGCCAUGUUCAAGUCCUUCGGCAUGUUCCUCGGUGUCUUCAGCGGCUCCUUCGCUCUCGGUGGUGCCAUCGGCGUCGUCACAGCGCUCGUGACCAAGUUUACAAAGUUGAGAGAUUUCCAGCUGCUGGAGACAGCCUUGUUCUUCCUCAUGUCGUGGAGCACCUUCCUCUUGGCUGAGGCGUGCGGCUUCACAGGCGUGGUGGCAGUGUUGUUCUGUGGAAUCACUCAGGCGCACUACACCUUCAACAAUCUGUCUCCUGAGUCCCAAGACCGGACCAAACAGCUGUUUGAGUUGUUGAACUUCCUGGCGGAGAACUUCAUCUUCUCCUACAUGGGUCUGACCCUCUUCACCUUCCAGAACCACAUCUUUAACCCCAUGUUUAUUGUCGGGGCUUUUGUGGCAGUGUUCCUGGGCAGAGCGGCCAACAUCUACCCGCUCUCCUUCCUGCUCAAUCUGGGCCGACGCAACAAGAUCCGAUCCAAUUUCCAGCACAUGAUGAUGUUUGCGGGACUGCGGGGCGCCAUGACGUUUGCCCUGUCCAUCCGGGACACGGCCACGUACGCACGGCAGAUGAUGUUCUCCACCACGCUGCUUGUGGUCUUUUUCACCGUGUGGUUCUGUGGCGGCGGCACUACGCAGAUGUUGUCAUGCCAGCGCAUACGGGUUGGGGUGGACUCCGACCAAGACAACUCUGUGAGUGUGACGCUACAUAAAAUAAAUAUAAAACAAUACAAAUUUACAUUGACUGCAUUUACACAGACGAGCAUCGGCGAAGGUUCCGAGCGACGAAGCACCAAACAGGAAAGUGCCUGGCCUUUCCGAAUUUGGUACAACUUUGAUCACAACUACAUGAAGCCCAUCCUGACGCACAGCGGCCCCCCGCUCACAGCCACACUGCCCGCCUGCUGCGGCCCCCUGGCACGCUUCCUCACAAGCCCGCAGGCUUUAGAAAACGAGUGUCAGAUCAAGGAUGACGACUCCGACCUCAUCCUGACCGACGGUGAUGUCAACCUAAACUACGGCGACAUCACCGUCAGCACCGACGGCGCGCGCGGGCACGGCGUGACCGCCGAUGACCCCGACCGGGAGCUGACGUACGGCGACCACGAGCUGGUGAUGAGGGGCACGCGUCUGGUGCUGCCCAUGGACGACUCUGAGCCGCCCUUCACAGACCCCCGCUGCCGCUUGUGAGGGUGCGGCGGCCCGCUUCCUUUUGGCUUCUCCCGCUACUUGGUCACGCCCGCCCAUCUCGUCCGCCAUCACUGUAAUGUAGUCUUAUUUAUUUGUCCAUUUCAGUUGGGCUUUUGAGUCACCUUAUUGUAGCAACGCACAGCAUGUGUUCUCCAUGGUGAGCCGUUUGAGCGUUCAUAUUCCACAUCCUGCUACUGCACGUCCUCGUACUCCAGUGGACAAUUCAGCGCACGAGUAGGAAAUGGAAUAAACGCUGGAACGGCUUUCCACAGUUCUGACAAUAUAGCAGUGCAGCUGUGCUCGUCAGCUUGGUUUGCAUGCUGAGGGUUCACAAUGGCUUUUUCUUUGGAGCCGGAUGGCGAUUGGUCGCCACUUAACAGUACACGCGCUGUCAAUCAAGUGCCUGGGAGGCGAUCUCUCAACCCAGUUGAUGUUCUGGCGAGGAGGGUGCGCGAGGUAGCAAUAUGUGCCAUGUCAGGGGGCUAAAAGUCGGGUUCGGAGCCGCCGACUAACUACCGCGUGCGUGUGUGUGUGCGUGUGUGUGUGUUUGCACAGUGAUGGGCAACCUAAAUGUUUUUUUUUUCUGUAAAUUCUUUCCACAUCACUGCACUUAGCUUUGAUCUGUUAGGAUGCUCAGAUCUCCACGAAAGUAAACAAUCUGCACUUCUGGGAUUUUGUCAUAGAGAUUCACACAUUCACAGGAGGAGGAGCUACAAUAAAAGAGAAUGUCGUAUCAAAAGUUGAUUAUUUCAGGAUAAUAUUUGUGGGCAAUAUGGACUGAGGCCUGCAACCAUUGCAAAAAUUCACGAGUAAUUGUGGGUGACUAAAAUUUUCUCUCGAUGUUACAAGAUGGUGACAAAGCAAACCUUAACUCAGCAUAGUCUUUGGCACCAAUAUGAAAGAUAGCAACAAAGCACUACUUUUGGUUAAAUGAAGCUCCUCUGUUCAUGCCAAUAUAAUUACAUGGCAGCAAAGCACUACCUUUGUCUAAAUUUAGCUCAUCUACUGCCAUCAACAUAGUUUGUCAACACCAAGAUGGCGGCAAAGCACUAGUUUUGUCAAAAUGAAGCUCCGCAACUGACUCCAACACAGUUAUCAUGACUGUUGUACGACUGCCGUCAAUACACAAGUUAAUUCGACUUUCUACCAUUCCGUGGAAGAACAUUUAACUGUUCUGCAUGUCACUGUACAACGCUGUAAUAGAUUUUAAGGGACCUUGAAAAAUUCCUCCCCAAACCCAGAAUUUUGUAGAGCUUAGCGCUGAUAACAACGAUGAUGUUGAUAAUAAUAAUAUCUGUAAACGAUAUCCAGAUGUGUCGCAUUGACCACAAAGGGCCUUGAGAGGCUAUUUUGGGAGGCGAGCUUGUGAGCAGCGGCUGUCUAGCACGGACAGGAAGUGUUGCUAUGACGGCGCCAUGGCAACCACUGUGUUGUCAACCACAGCCAGAAAACACGCCAAACACCAAUUGCAAUCGGUGUGUGUGCGUACGCAUUUGCGUGUGAGCGAGUGUGUUCGCAUGCCUGUGUAGAACAGAGCAGUAUUGCGUGUGUGUGUUUGUUGAAAGAGCAUUGUACCUGUGUGUUAGUCUGUAUACGUUUGUGUGCGUGAAUGUGUUUGUGCAUAUGUGAUGGAGAGGUGCGUGUGUUGGUGAUGAUAUGGGCGCGGAAGGAAGAGGAAGGUCUUCUUCAACCUGUUAUCUUCUGCUGUGCAGGAACUUGAAAUUCAUUGAAAGUUUGGUUGUUUUUUUUUAUUUGAUUUUAUGCCUUUUUGAAGACAUCCCUAGAAUAUUUCUUUCUGCCAUUUUUACUAUUUUCAGUUUUCUGUCAUUGUUUUUUGAAGCAAAAAUAAGAACAAAUUAAGAACAAAAAUGAAACCUUACAUUUGCACUCAUUAAAUAAUCUGUGGCUGCUUUUAAGUUGUGUGCGUGUGAGAGGUGACCCAAAAAAAAUGCAAUCUAUAAAAUGUAAUGAAUGAAAAGUUCAGCUUGUCCAAAUGAUGUCAAAUGAAUGAACAUCUACAUUGCUUACUGUAUUCAAUCCAUCCGUAGAAUUCAGGUACUUACUGUGUGCAUUUGUAUGCUGUUACCAUGGAUACGACAAUGCAAGCAUGCAAUCAGCCUCUUGCUGGACUCUGAGGGCGAGACAAAAACAAAAUGUAAGAAAUAUAAUAAAGACGCUGAGUGUUUUUCUGUGGAUGACACCGACUAUAAAGGCUUGCUGUGUCCACUCUGGCGAGUUCUGCUUUUUGCGUGCCUACCAGUGUUUGUGUGCGUGUGAAUGACUCAUGCAUUGUGUGUUUGCAGACAUACUGUUCACAUUAGUGUAAAUAAUAUCUCACCUGUUCACGAGUGUGCAAAAGGAUCAGAAGAAAUAAACAGGAGCCAAGCUUUGAAUGAAAAGAGCGGCAGCUCAUCUGCCCUA